AGCGCAGCCUCGGCGGGGCCCGGCCGGCGGCGGGGAGGUCGCGGGGCCGGGAGGCGCGAGAAAAAGAAAAACAUCCAUUCAUGAGAGUUCAGGGAUACGUGAAAAUGAAGCAAAUGAGGAAAGACCCAUUCACAUUCCUCCAAAAGAUCUGCGGCUCACUGGAAUCAUGUUACUGGCUCCUGGUAGUCCCUGACUUUACCUGUUUGUUCCAGGAACUUGCUUUAUGGCCAUUUGUUCUGAUGAUCAGUUUGGACAACCAACCUUUAUUCCUCCACCUCAGACAAUAUUCAACAUCCUGUAAUCAUCAUAGCGUUCUGGAGGUCAAUAAGUCCAAUAUCAAGGUGCCAGCAUCAGGCAUUAUGGCCAGCACACUUCCUGUGAAUUUGUACCACCACCCCUUAUCUCAUCUAUGCUUCUGCUCACAGCACUGCACUGGAGCCAGGGGAUGGAUACCUGGCACUUGUAUGUCCUAUGAAGAAGGAGGGGAGGAUACAUUGCUUCCCUAUGUAUCCUUAAGGGAUAGACCAGAGGAAAAGUUAAGUAAUAGAUAAACAAUCAAUAAUACCUAAUUGGUUUCCCAAUCAAUUAGUACUUACUGUGUUGGAUUUGUUCACUUUCAGCCAUAGUUACACCUUGAAUUUCUGUAUUUCCAAAGUGAGCUCUUUUUUUCUAAGGGAUUUCCUCAAUUUUUUCAUGUAAGUAGGCUUCUGAGGAAUCUAUUUCACUGAUUUUUGUGAUAUAUUUAAUCAUUCCAGGACUACAAAAUUUAAGCUGAAUUUAAAUUAUUCAUAAUAUAACAAUCUCUCUUCCUCUGUCUCUCUUUCUUUCUAUAUCUUUCAUUACAUAUAUGUAAUAAAAUAUUUUCAUUAUA